GGAAUAUUUUUUUGUGAGACCUGAUCGGGGUAACACUUUUGAGAGGGAUCUCAUUGGAACAAAAGUCACUUGCGAGGAAGGACCUAAUAACGGCUUUAUCCGCUGCUCAGCUAUUUGCUCUGACUCUCACCCUCUCUCCCUUCUACCUCCUAUCUCGACCCACUGACUGAGAUUUUCAGGGGUUUUCACUGGGACAUAUCAAUCGAAGACCCUGCAUUUUUUUUUCUUCAGGAAAACAGCCGUUUGCCCCCUUUCCUGCAAACCGAUGGUAUGGCAAGUCUCCCAUCUGGAUUUCUACUGUUUCCGCAGAGUUAAUAUUUCACACUUGAUACGGUUGAUAUUCGCUCGGAACACUUAUGCUUCGACGUGAGAAUGAGAAAGUACUUAAAUGCGACUUUCUACAACUUCUAACAUUCGUGAAGACACAUUUUGGAAUUAACUUCAGUUCGAGUAUUCUUCAGUGAACAUUGACCUUCAUGUAUCUCGUCCAAAGGACAGAACUUAAAAAGCCUCAAGAAAUCACGGUGUUCUGUCUUGGAAUAGUCGCAGAUGAAACACUUCAUUAACAGAGAUAAAGAUAAAGAUUUAUCGGGGAACUGAUUGAUAAAACCUGUCGACUACUUUGGCCUGCAAAACCAGUCUGUAGGACUGUAUUGUUUAAUGCAUUAACAUAUUUGUUGGCUUGAGCUCAUUUGUGUGUUGAACAUUGUUCCUUCAAACUUAUGAAGUACCUUGAUGGUAACACUCGAAGCCAGGUUGUGAUAUCAGCACAUUGACAAGCUGAAACAACUGUUUUCGAGUAUCACCAGUAUUCCAUGCAGACACACAGGAAUUGUGCAAGAGUUUGUGACUCAGUAAUAUCAUCGUGCCAGUCUUUACCAUUUUUCUCCUUCAGCGAUAUAUUGCAUUCGCAACAGGUUGGCAAACUAUCGGAGUGUCUCUACAUGAACCAUCGACGGCAGAUCACCGAAUUGCACGGGAUUACCUCAAGUGCAUGUGCGAUCACAAAGUAGCUCUUCACUUCAGCAGCAGCUCAAGCUCUUCAGUAGCUCAUGCUAGCUCAUCACCUUAAUUCGUUGGAGAUCAUUUUUGUGAGGUCCUAAGAUACUUGGAAAUUUGUCUCGGAGAAAGUUUUGAACCACCUUGAAGCUGCCCUUCGAUCCCUCGUGUUUGAAAGCUUUACCUGAUAGCUGCGGCUACAUGGAAGCUUGUUAUACUGGCUCACUGUAACCCCUGGCUUCUGAUAGGGCUACAUGGAACAUGGCGCAGAAUGAGGAUGACUACUUUCUCCAUAUUGUUACAUUUCCUGCUCUGGUGUCUCAGCGUACAGGUAACCAAAUCGAGGCCAGUAGCCAUGCCUUUAAACAACUUCGACCCCACCACAGACACCUCCAACUUCAAUUCUGGAAGCACAAGAAGACUUCUAACUUUAUACAACAGAGCCAGCUCCCGUUACGUCAGAAUACAUGGUCGAAGGGUAGACGCCAAAGGUUCGCAAGACGACCCACAUGCACAAUUACUAAUAACAACGACAGACUUCGACAGCAGUGUAUUAAUACAAGGAAAUAAAUCAAAAAACUAUUUAUGCGUCAACGGCAAGGGAGAAUUAAUAUCAAAGACUUUACACAGGAGACUAAAGGAUGGGGGGACAAGUUGUGUAUUUCGGCAAUCCCUCGCAGUGUUUUCGAGAUAUGACGGAUUCGUAUCAGUUCAGAACCCCUCAUGGGUAUUAGCCUUCAAAGGCAACGGUGACUCGAAAAAGGCGUCCAAGGCCAAACUGGACACCAGGUCGUCGCAGUUCUUGUUCAUGCCGGUCGACGACGACAUCAGGCUCAACGAGGAAGCCUUCCACAUGUUAGGCGACGUCGUCUUAAACGAACUCCAUAAAGCCAUCCAGGAUGGCACGAGUGAAGGCGGGAGGAGAAGAAAUUCAGAUCAGGGUCGUAGGUGAUGAUUGCUUCUAGACUGACUUGUGGAAACCGUUAGGAGAGCACGCCAUCAAAGGACUCCACGAUGGACAAGAGGAAAACCAGCAGACUCUGUGCAAAAGAAAAGGAUGUACAGUUCCAUGUAUUGCUGACUAUUAACAGUAUUUUUAUAUGAAGAUUUGUAAUUUAUAUUAUUUCUUAUUUAAUAUUGUACCAAAACGACUUCAAAGAAGUGUUUUCUAUGAAUAUUUAUUUAUUAUGCUUGAGUUGCACCAAUGCCACGAUUCACUACAACUGGUUAAACGGUUACUCUGAUUGGUGGAGCAACGUCGCUACGUUAGACGCGUUUCCAGUCGCUCAAAUGACAUCUUCCAUCUUCCUGAAAGUCUCGCGUAAACUCGACUUCGCCCUGAGCGGUUUCGCGGACUGUACCUCGCGUCUAAGUCAGAGGGAAUCAAGCAUCUAGUGAACUGCACAUUGUGUAUGUCACACCUGUCGCUUCUGCAUUUAAUUGAGAUUCGAGUAUUUGUAUAUAUUGUUACAUGAAAUCUUCCGUGCAAAUUAAAUGACGUUAUUCCGCAGAAGCGAGCAACAAGUGACUGACGGCAGCUGGUUUGAAAACAGUCACGUGAUCGAGCAUCCUUGCUUGUUAAACCAAUGGCGUAAAGUAUGACCAAUCACGUGACUAUAUUAGCCGAUUUCAUCAAUUAGCUGCUUUUCCUGCCAUAUCAUUUAUUUUUCUGUCAAGACGAUUUAUGUGUUUUUACGGUAUACCUAGAUGAAAGUAUUAGUAUAAAAAUUUAUCUGGUUUACGUUACCUCACCUUUAUUGAAAUAUGGGUACGACUUUUAUAUCGAGUUUGUAUCCAGUGGCGUCAGUGCACCUGCGUAAUUAUCCACUUGUAAAAAAACAUAUUCACUGGUGGAUCGAAACAAAAUCCAUGCGAAUGGAAUCGUGAGAGUUUUAUAUUGUCCAGUAAAUGUGGAGUUAAGAGAUUUUAUACAGGUUUUAGUUAUCCAGGUAAUCAAUAAGCAAUUUAAUUUCAAUUAGCGUUCGGCAAGAAAUCGUUCAUGGCGAUACAAUACUCAUACGACUAUUUUCACAACUAGUGCAUAUGAAAAAAGCUGACAUGUCAACGAAUUAAUUUUGUUAUUGCUGUGUACUGGUACAAUAACUGUUGGAUCUCUAUAUCAAUGUCAAUCUAUCAGUCAUGCGAAAGGGCAAACAGCUUUGUAGUUCAUAACCAAAUUGUAUUCAUGGAUUGUUCUCUGUUUAAAAGUGAGAUUUGAUAAGCACUGCUUGAUAGAUGAUGAUUACUCAUAUUCAACGACGACUUUUUAUUAUUAUGCUGAGUAAUUUUUUACCUUACGGGUUUAAUCCUUGGAAAGUGUUUGUUGCACUCAUAUUCAAAAGCUCAAAUCGCUGUCCCCGUUCAUUCGAAUUCCCUUUUGUGGAGUCAACGAGUCCCACAACACAAAGAAACACUGAAAAUAAAAGAUUGAUUAGACUGUUAAAUUCAUAAAUACGUUGUUUUUCAAAAUGUAUUUUGCAAGUGGGCACCAAAAAACGUGAAGUAGUUAUUUAUUGGAAAAGGAAAGAAUAUCUCGAUAUAUAUCUUGUUUAAGUGUAUGAAUUUUUGAAUAGAUCCAUCCAGUUCCUCCCUUUUCACUGCAUACCACUGCUUACAUUUUACGUUGUAAUUAGUGUCACCGUUUCAGUCAAUAUGGUUCAUACUCAGCAUAAUAGAUAAUAACCUUGAAUCAUCAAUAUAUCUUAUCUUUUCCAAUGCCAUUUCAUUUGAAUUUUCCUUAACAUUUUCGUUUAGAACUGAUUCGCCAAUAUUCAUAUCGAAGUAAAUAUGCCCCACUAACAGAACUUUAAUCUGAUGAUUAUUAGUAUCGCAAAUAAUUAUUAACCCAUCUUUUUGAAGAGUUCAUGAUUGAAGAUGAAGGGGGAAGGGGGAAGGGGUCAACCCAUGAGGUGCAUUCCAUGGCCACGGGCACAUCCGGGCUUGGAUGCUAGUUGCGGAAAUUCAGAGGCGAAAGCUGACCCCGCAAGGAGAUCCCAUCAUAUAUUUAGACGAAAAACUCCCUUAAUUUAGCGAGCACCAUCCCUUGAGCUAUCACAUUCAAGAUGCCCCACUAUCUCCUCACACCUGCAGUGAAAUAUAUGAAGCCGUUCUUUAUGAAAUAAAACAUGCAGCACACUUUUUGGAUAUUAGUUCCAAAUAAUCAGAAUGAUAAAAAUGCCAUUAUUUAUGGAUAGAUAAAUUACUUCUGGGAUGUGAACAGUUUUGUGGCAGCAUUGAAUGAUGAUAAAAUCAGCUUAAAAGUUGUUCGUAUUGAAAUCAAUAGACGAGACAUAUUUUUAAUUCGUUUGUAGCGGGAUUUAAUUACCAGUCAAAAAUAUGUAUUCUUAACUGUACAUGAUGCACUAGGCCAGCAUUGAAAAUCGAACCCAACCUAAGUCGGACAGAAAUUGUUUAUCCAUGUUAUUUGAAUCUGUUACACACCAUUACCUGAUAACCGGUUAUAUGUGCCCUAUGCUGUUAAUAGGUUGCCACUUGAAAUUAGUUUUUUAACCUGUACUUGCUAGAAUACAAAAACAGAAAUAUCCUCUAUAUUUGCAUAAUAUUUUAAUGGUCAAGAAUGUAUAUGACGAUGUGGUAAUAUACCUUGUAACCUCCUGUAAAUAAUUAAUGAAAAUUAUAGAUGAAUUAAUUGAUUGGUUUAAACGUUUUUGUCAUAGAACACAAAAUGAAAUAUAUAUAGUUCAGACCAUAUAAAGUUAUCUGGAAAGUUAAGAAUAAUUUAAAACCGUAUGACAAAGCUAUCACUGCCAAUAUGCUGAAAAUUGUAUUUUUGAAAUAGAUUUCAAGGUUCUAGGAAUAUAAACAUGCAAAUAUAAGUGGUUAAAUUGAAAAUUAUUUCAAAUUUGUUUUGAUGCACCCAAGCGUUAUUAAAAACGCUUUUGGGUUAUUUCAAGAAAAAUAAUACAAUAAUUCUAUAGUCGCGUGAACUUCGCACAUGAGAAACAGUUUAGUUGCACUCCAAUAAUAAUAUGUGGAUAUGUAUUUUAUAACAUAGAUUUUCAAUUCUCUAGUGAAAAAAAAGAUGAGGCCACGUAGAAAGGUCACUUCGCAUAUAUCUCACACUAUAUUUUCUGAGGGAUGUUAUAUGAGCUGGCCUCGUGUUGAAAUGCAUUGCAUGAAAAAUUAGCUGCCCGUAUAAUUUUCGACACGGUAUGAAACUCUAAAGUGUUUGACAAUCGUGGUAAAAUUACGCAUCAACCGCACUGUUUCUCGAUGAAAAUAUAAUUAUACAUAAGAUUGAACACAAAUAAUUUCUUCAUGUACUACAGCUAUAUAACCACUCAAAGGUGUGGCAUCAAAGUACGUUUUCUUUACAUUGACGAUAUAGUUAUGUUAUUUCCUU